AUGGCUCAUAGACUUGGUGGACGUAGAAAGAAUGUGAAGAAAGGGUUCCAAUUCACCCUUAUGGUUGUUGGUGCCUCCGGUACAGGUCGCACUACGUUUGUAAACACUCUUUGCGAUGAUCGUGUUCUUGUAAAGAAAGAGUAUGACAACCCAGAAGAUGCACACAACGAAGAAGGAAUCAAUAUCAAACCUGUUUCUGUCGAAUUGGAUGAAGAUGGUGUUAGAAUCUCUUUGACUAUUGUCGACACACCAGGUUUUGGUGACAACAUUGAUAAUGAAGCAUGUUUCCAUGAAAUUGUUGCCUAUUUGGAAAAGCAAUACGAUGAUAUUCUUGCUGAAGAAUCCAGAAUCAAGCGUAAUCCUAGAUUCCGUGAUAACCGUGUCCAUGCCCUUUUAUACUUCAUCUCACCUACCGGCCAUGCUUUGCGUGAAAUCGAUAUCGAGUUGAUGCGUAGACUCAGUCCUCGUGUCAAUGUCAUUCCUGUUGUUGGCCGUGCUGAUUCCCUCACCCCUCAAGAGCUUAAAGAUUUCAAGAGAAGAAUCAUGGAAGACAUUGAACACUACAAUAUUCCCAUUUACAACUUUCCUUACGAUGUAGAGGAAGACGAAGAAGAUACCAUUGAAGAAAACAGUGAAUUAAGAGCACUUUUACCCUUCUCCAUCAUCGGUAGUGAGGAGGAAAUCGUUGUGAAUGGUCGCACUGUUCGUGGCCGUCAGUACCCUUGGGGUGCUGUCGAAGUCGACAACCCUAAACACUCUGAUUUUGGCCGUUUAAGAUCUGCUUUGUUGAGCUCUCAUUUGCAAGACCUCAAAGAAAUCACUCACGACUUCCUCUACGAAAACUACCGUACAGAGAAGCUUAGUCGUACUGUCAACGGAGGUGAUCAAGAGGAUGCUUCAUUGAACGCUGAAGAUAUGGCAUCUCAAAGUGUCAGAUUGAAGGAAGAGCAAUUGAGAAAGGAAGAAGAGAAGCUUCGUGAAAUCGAAUUGAAGGUUCAACGUGAGAUUCAAGAAAAGAGAGCCGAGCUUUUGAGUAAAGAGGAAGCUUUGCGUAAUUUGGAGGCUAGAUUGGCACAAGCACAGUUGGCUGAUUAA